UUUCCUCCUAGGACACCUCCCCUACUUUUGGAAAAAGGAUGAAGUCGGUGGCCGUGUACUCCAAGAUGUGUUUUUGGAGUGGGCUAAGAAAUAUGGACCUGUGGUUCGGGUCAACGUCUUCCACAAGACCUCCGUCAUCAUCACCAGCCCCGAGUCGGUCAAGAAGUUCCUGAUGUCAACCAAGUACAACAAGGACUCCAAGAUGUACCGCGCCCUCCAGACAGUGUUCGGAGAGAGGCUCUUCGGCCGGGGCUUGGUGUCCGAGUGUGACUACGAGCGGUGGCACAAGCAGCGCAAAGUCAUGGACCUGGCCUUCAGCCGGAGCUCCCUGGUCAGCUUGAUGGAGACAUUCAACGAGAAGGCGGAACAGCUGGUGGAGAUUCUGGAGGCCAAGGCGGAUGGGCAGACCCCGGUGUCCAUGCAAGACAUGCUGACCUGCGCCACCAUCGACAUCCUGGCCAAGGCAGCUUUUGGGAUGGAGACGAGCAUGCUACUGGGUGCCCAGAAGCCUCUGUCCCAGGCAGUGAAAGUGAUGCUGGAGGGAAUCAGUGCGUCCCGCAACACUCUUGCAAAGCCAUCACCUCAUUGUCAUAAAAUGCCUGCUGUAGCUCCAGCUAUCACUUCCUUAUUUCACACGAAGAAAGAAGACAGGGGAAAGUUCACGCCGGGCUGGAGGAAGCAGCUGCGCGAGGUCCGGGCGAGCAUCCGCCUUCUGCGCCAGGUGGGCCAGGACUGGGUCCAGCGGCGCCGUGAGGCCCUGCAGCGGGGCGAGAGCGUCCCGGCCGACGUCCUCACCCAGAUGCUCAAAGCGGAAGAGGGAGCCCAGGACGACGAGGUCCUGCUGGACAACUUUGUCACCUUCUUCAUUGCCGGUCAUGAGACUUCUGCCAACCACCUGGCUUUCACAGUGAUGGAGCUUUCGCGCCAGCCCGAGAUUGUGGCGAGGCUGCAGGCUGAGGUGGACGAGGUCAUUGGUUCUAAGAGGCACCUGGACUACGAGGACCUGGGCAGACUGCAGUACCUGUCUCAGGUCCUCAAGGAGUCACUGAGGCUGUACCCGCCAGCCUGGGGCACCUUCCGCCUGCUGGAGGAGGAGACCCUCAUCGACGGGGUCCGAGUGCCCGGCAACACUCCACUCUUGUUCAGCACCUAUGUCAUGGGGCGGAUGGACACCUACUUCGAGGACCCACUGACUUUCAACCCCGAUCGCUUCAGCCCCGGAGCACCGAAACCUCGGUUCACCUACUUCCCCUUCUCCCUGGGCCACCGCUCCUGCAUCGGGCAGCAGUUUGCUCAGAUGGAGGUGAAGGUGGUCAUGGCCAAGCUGCUGCAGAGGCUCGAGUUCCGCCUGGUGCCCGGGCAGCGCUACGGGCUGCAGGAGCAGGCCACGCUCAAGCCGCUGGACCCCGUGCUCUGUACCCUGUGGCCCCGGGGCUGGCAGCCCUCGCCCCCGCCCCCACCCUGCUGACUCUGGGUCCGGCCGCCGUCCUCCCCGUCCUCCGCUGCCCGCGGCCGUGUCCCCUCCCUGGCCAUGCUCUGCGCUGGCUCCCGUGGGCCCUGUGCCCCCACUGACCACUGCUUCACACCCUCAGCGCUCCCUGUCGCCUGCGGCUCCGUGGCCUCCCUGCGAGCCUCCCGCCCCCACGGCGGACCCCCCGCCCCUCCAGCUCUGCAGCAGCCACUCCCUCGGACAGCCUAACUCUUGCUCACACCCUACAGCCCUCUCCAGUGUCCCCUCCUCCAGGAGGCCCUCCCCGCCUCCCCCGGGCCGGGGCCCUUCCUCUGUGUCACCUGCACUACCUCUAACACCACACUGACCGCACUGUACCGUGAGUGUUCGCCGACGUGACCGACUGCUCGGCGGGCGUGAGCGCCCGGGAGCAGGGUCCGCGUGUGCUUCGUCCCCGAGCCCCCUGCGGCCGCCGGGGCCUGGCACAGAGUCGACGCCCAAUAAACGUGUGUUGACUGCAUGAACGAAA